CCGAGUUUGUAUUUUUCUUGUAUUCUUCUGCAUUUUUAUUUCAAUUUAAGCGACCCAACCCCCGAAUCUGCCCGUCUUAAUUUUAAUUGGAAUUCUAGUUCAACUGGAGAAUUGGACCAUUUAUCUGUUACAGACUCUCCUUCAAUGAGAGUUGGGUUUAGAUGGCAAGCACACAUUUUUUGGAAUAAAUAUGUCCGCCAUUUGGAUUCUGUCGAUGUAGGAAAUAUGCAGAAAAUAACUUUAUUGGAUAAACAAUUGGGAGAUUAUCAGUUGGCAACUUGGCUACUACUAUUUUGUUCACUCUUCUUUUUUGCUAUACUUGUUGGGCUUGCUUGUUAUUGUACUAGAAAGGAACCGGAUGAAGACGAAUUAUAA